CAUAAAACCGAUUGGAUUGUCAGAAAUUUUUCGUUCAUUCAUUCAGUCUUUGUUUUUCAUUGCAUCUCGCUAAAUAUAAAAAAUCCAAUAAUUCCUACCAAACGGAAACUAAAUUUUUCUAGUAAACUAGUAGAGGAGAAAAAUCCAAAUCAACGCGUAUUUUAAUUCCAUGCCAUUAAUUAAUUACUAAUUUUAUUCAACCAAGUUGUGUUCGUGUGAAAAAAUUUUAGUUCACUAAAAAAAAUCAAGACCUAAAAAUACCUACCAUUCAUACAAAAAUUAUAUUAUAUUAUCAAAAGGAGACAUAGUGAACGCAAAAACUUUAAGUAAUAAAGAUAUAUACGCAUAUAUUUUAGAAAAAUUGAAAACGAAGGAAUUAAAAUUACGGCAGCAAAACGAAAGCAAUAGCAACGGCGGCGUGGAAAGCUUCAACGUUCAGCUACGCGUGCACUGUUCAACAGCGCUGCCAGCGUCGAGUUGAAGGAUAAAUUGAAAAAAUACAUACUUACGUACAAUUUUACAAAAAAAAAAAUUAAUUAAAUUUGAAACAAACUAGGCGCUGAGCGCAACAGCGAAUAAAAUUGAAAGGAUGACCUCUAAUUUGCGUCAAAUCCCGUUGACUUGCAGCGGCCAUACACGUCCCGUAGUGCACUUGGAUUUUAGUGACAUUUGCGAGAGCGGUUACUUUCUCAUUUCGGCUUGUAAAGAUGGCAGUCCCAUGCUGCGGCAAGGUGAUACCGGCGAUUGGGUUGGCACAUUCGAAGGUCAUAAAGGUGCUGUUUGGGGUGUGGCGCUGAAUAAGAGUGCCACUUUGGCCGCAUCUGGUGCUGCGGACUUUACUGGAAAAGUGUGGAAUGCCGUUACGGGCGGUGAAAUCCAUAGUUUUCAACAUAAGCAUAUUGUGAAAUCAGUUGCAUUCGAUACGAACUCAGAGAAUAUCGUCACCGGCAGUAAUGAGAAAUUGGUGCGCGUAUUUAACUUAGAGCAACCAAAUGCUGAACCGGAAAUGUAUGCUGGUCAUACUGGUGCUUUAAAGCGGGCACUCUUCUGUCGUGACGAUAAAUGUAUAUUAUCGGCAGCUGAAGACAAAACCGUACGUUUAUGGGAUCGUCUAACUGGCAAUGAGGUACAACGACUACAAUUUCCACAUAAUCCAAAUAGUUUGGAAAUAUCGGCUGAUAAUCACAUUCUUACCAUAACACAUGGAUCGACAAUUAGUUUCUGGGAGGUGGACACUUUGAAAAAGCUGAAGGAAGUUAAAGUUCCGACUAAUGUGUCGUCGGCUAGUUUACAUCCAGAUAAACAUGUAUUUGUGUGUGGUGGAGAGGACUUUAAAAUGUACAAAUUUGAUUACAUUACUGGUAAUGAAAUAGAAUCUUUCAAAGGCCAUUUUGGUCCAGUGCACUCAGUUAAGUUUAGUCCAGAUGGUGAAUUAUAUGCUAGUGGUUCUGAAGACGGCACAUUACGCCUUUGGCAGACAACUGUCGGCAAGACGUAUGGGCUGUGGAAGUGCACCGAACCUGGAGAAUUGAAUAACUCUAUGAAUUCCCCACGCGAAGUACAUGCUAACUAGAUACGUAUUUGUUAAUUAAUGUGAGCCGAUGAUUGUGGGUAAUUUCAGCCCAAUCGGUAUUAAGAGUGAAGCGGUUCUGAUGCUACUUUAAAUCUGAUUUCAUUAAUUUAUGGAAACCAAUUGUUUUGCAAAACUACUUUGUAUCAUAAAACAAUUUUUUGAGUAAACGAUUUUUGGAAAGUUUUGAUAAGAAA